AUGGCUGCCCACAACGUACAGCGGCUCACAUCUAUGGCAUCACAAAGCUGCCUCGUUUGCGUCUAUUUGCUGUUUAUGCAACUACUGCUUGCGUUUGCAGCUCGACCGGGUAAUGCCUAUAGGGCCAUACCCGAGCGGUUGACCCCGCAUGAAGACGUAUAUACGGUUAACCCCGCGUUUUCCUCCCGUUCCGUGUUCGAGACCGGAAUCACGCAGGUCGUUGCGUGUGAUAAGCUCGCCGAACGCCUUGCCGUCCCUGCAGGACACCGUGUGAAGCUGGAUAGGACCGAGGAAUACAAAGCGGCGGCGGAGAAGUACUACAUGGGUCUCGUUGAAGACCCCGAGCUUCAUGUCAAGCUCACUGGAAGCUGGGAAACUCUAGUUGGACCGGACAUGGACAGCUUUGUGCAUAUUCUCGAGUUCGAAAACUAUACAGGCUACGACCGAUCGAUGGAUCUUAUACGGAGCUCAAAACAUAUGGAAAACUACAAGGCGCUCCUCCCUUUUAUCAACUCUCGCUGGUCCCAACUUUGCCAAGAAUUCGCCUUCUUCCCAUCAGCGCCUCCACAUAACGAGGGUGGAAUCUUUGAGCUUCGAAGCUAUACUCUCAAACCAGGCUCGCUCCUCGAGUGGGAGAAUGCAUGGAGGGUCGGGAUCGAAGCGAGAGCAAAGGUUAUUGCACCGGUAGGCGCGUGGUUCAGCCAAGUUGGCCGACUUCAUGUUGUUCACCAUAUGUGGCAAUACAAAGAUCUCAAUCAACGUAAACUGAUGCGUGAGAAGGCAUGGUCCCAGCAAGGUUGGCCCGAGACGGUGGUCAAGACGGCCCGGCUCGCAGAUAUCAUGGACGCCUCUAUCCUGACCCCGCUAUCCUUUAGUCCGCUCAAGUAG